AUGAGCGGCGCCGGUGCCGGCGGCAGCGGCGGCGGCGGCAGUGCUUUCAUCAAAGUGCCCGAGGUCCGCGUGAGUUUGGCCCUCAACGAUCAGCCGAUCACGGCCACCACGCUGCUGUCGUCCAGCAAAUCGCGUACGCCGUACAACGGCCACAGGGACGGCGCGGGUUGCGGCGGCGGCACCGUGGUGCUACUCUCGCCCGGCGUGGUCGGCGCCGCGCCCCGGCGCAGACAUUCUUGGAUAUGCGGGUAAGCCGGUUCCCGCUUACCGAUAAGCGCCACACGGCGUUCACGCGCAUCCCGUGCGGCCCGUACUCUCUAUAACAGUAGCCCCUACCCUUCAGCCAUCGUCUCCGUUUUCAACUCCGCGACCCAAUAUUCGAUAAAAAAUAGUCAGGCCAGACAUUAUCUAUACACCCAUUUCCAUGUUUUUGUUAAAUCGAAAUAACUGGUUUAUUUAAAAAUGUCUAUCAUCGUGCAAUUUUAGAACGUAUUUUAAGAAUUUACGACAUUUUUUAGGACACACGCAACUCAACGAAUCGAGAAUCAAACAAUAUUUUUUCAAAAUGUAUAAACGGGCAGCUGAUAUUCGUGUUAUUUUACAUGUUUUAUAUUAUUUGGUAAAAAAUAUAGUCAUACCAAAAUGUGUUUCGUGGCUUAUCGGUUUUAUGUACACGAUUUCCUGUAUUUUCGGUGUUUGGAUAUUUGGUAGAUUUUUGAGAAAUUUUCAACUUGAUUUUUAUCGUUUUUAUGGUUUCUUUUAGAGCUUUUUUUCAACAAGGACAUAUUUUGGUAGUUUUAGUGUUUUUGUUCAUAGAUUUUUUAGGAAAGAUAUUAAUAAUAUUCUAUACAUACUUAUUAUAAUAAAAUAUGCUAAAAACAGUAAAUUAUUAAAAAAAAAAAACCUUUUUACUGGUUAACUGUAUUAGUAUCAGUGCGACGGGGAAACAAUUCGAAGACAGGCGUAUUCAGAAAAAUGUCUGUUAAGUUUUUGUAAAGUUUUACUGGCUGCCUUAAUUUUUCCUUUAGAAACCCUGAUGCUGCUCCUGGCUCCAACCCCUCCCCCCUUCGAUUAGGAUCCGCGUAUUUAUUUAUUAUUAACAAAAUUAUUAAUUAAAUUAAUUAUUUAUCAUUAACAAAAUUAAAAUUUUAUACAUAUUAUGUAAAGAUUUUGUGUUUUAUGGUUUCUUGAGUUUUAAGUAUAAUUUUACUCGGAAAAUAUUUCAGCUUUUCGGUUUUCUUUUUUCUACAACUACUGUAGUGCAAAAAACUAAAUUCUUGGUUAAAAGUUUUCGUAUCUAUUUUAGAAACUUCUAUUUUGCAGGCUCACGUAAUAUAAAAUAUAAACUAAAACAAGUAAAAUUUACAUGUACCUUACCUUACCUUACCCGAAAAAGAUAAAAUAUAAAAGUAAAACGAUUUUCUUUUAUUAAGUUCAGGUUAGGUUAUAUACGUCUGCCCUAUCCGACCUAACCUAACCUAACCUACUUAUGAAUUUGAUUUUCGUUUUUAAUAAAUUAAACGUUCUCACGUGUUUAUAUUAUGCGAUUAAAAUAAAAUUGAAAUUUAAUAUCUUCUUAUUUUGCAACGUCUUGAUGAAGGCGUUUUUAUUACAUUAUUAAAAUAUUAUAAUAUCAUUCUAGUUCAUUUUUACAUAUAUUUAACACAUAUAUUAUACAAUUAUUUUGAUUUAUUAAACGACGAUAUUCGAGUAAUAUCAUUUUUUUCAGAGUGAUUGCAAUCGACAUGUACAAGAACAAAAAUUAAUUAAUUUUCUUGAAGAUGACGUUUUUCCGCAACUACUGUCUACUGCCUCAGUUAUUGAAUUGAGGUAGUUGUACCGGGUAACAUGCAAAAACAAUGCUUACGCAGAAUAAAUAAAACUAGUUUAAUUUUGAUUUUAGAAUAAAUGAACUGAUUAUGAAAUUUUUAGAGAAUAAUAUUUUAAAGGGAAUGUCAUAAGGUUUUUGUAUUGUUCAAAAUAUACAACUUGAUAUAAAAGAUACAAAAACCUAUUUUUUCAUUUUUAAAUAACUGUAACUUUUUUAAUAGUUUAUAAUUCAAAAAAACUCCUAUGACAUUCCCUCCAAUUUUUUUUCCUCCGUUCUUUAUAAAUUUCAUAAUAGAUACUUUUACUCAGAAAUUAAAAUUAACCUAGUUAUAUUUAUUCUGCAUAAAUAUUGUUUUCAAACGUUAAUCAGUAGUUGGACUGCGACAGUAGAUACGAGUAUAACGUUCUCUUAAUUUAACAAUCUAUGUAUUUUUAUGUAUCUUUGGUGCAGAGGAAAAAGAGCUUAAGUAAAUUGUGUAUAGUUUUCAGAUCAAAUUUUAAACAUUGCUAAAUUGCAUUAUGAUGACAUUGAUCAUAGCUAAAUGACUAAAUAACAGAACGUCCUGUCCUAAAUAGAGGAGUUCUAAAAGGCAUAAUUCGUAUAAAUUAUAGUAUAACUUAUGCUUUUUUUUAAAUCAACAGUGCAUCGUAUAGUGACAUAACAUAAUAUUACAGUUUUUAGUUUUCUAUCACAAGUUAGAAUAUAAAAACAUGCUAUUCAGACCAAUAAAUAAAGGAAAUUCGCAAGACAAAAAAAAAAAUCACUUUAGCCGGUUUUCCCAGAGACCGAAGAUAAUAAUACCAAUAUUAUUUUAAUAUCGGUAUAAAUAAUAAACGAGUGCGUAAUAAAGAUAAAAAAAAAAUAUUAUUUUUAUACAGUUAUUGCGUGUUUACGUUUGCCGAGUAGGUAAACAUUUUAUAUUACGAGAAAUCAUAAAAUAAAUAAUAAUAUGUUUUAUCACCCGGCUAUACGGGGUGAUUCUUUUACAUGAUAUUCAAAAAUGUUCUCAUUGAAUUUUAAGAUAACAACAAAAAUUGAUUUCUGCUUUUUUUCUAUUAAUUUUAAGUAAUUAAUUCAUGAAAUGAGUUCCGUUCAACGAUAUUUUCAAAUGUCCACCCUUACUACUUGUUAUUCGUAUUAUGCAUCACAUGAAUAGAUAUUAAUUUUGGUUUUUGAACGACAACCCCUCCCCCCUUCUAGUUUUCAACACAUAUUGGAAAGAAUGCAUUCAUUGAAAUUAAUCCCUUUUUAUAGAUAUCGUAUAAUUAUUAAUUAUUUAUAUGAUGAGUACAUAUAUCCAUUCAUUAUUUUAUGUCGGGAAAUGAAUUCAAUAUUUAUAGAAUUCUGAAAAAAUAAAAAUUAUUUUUUUUGCAACUAUUGAGGGUGAUUAUAACAUUUUAGAUUUUAGAAAACUCGAAAAAAACGUGGAAAGAACGGAAAAAUGUAGGGUUUCGUAUUUCUAUUUUUACUUUUGUUGUAAUUCAGUUAAAAAUAUUUGAACAUUUAUUUUUAAACACAUUAAUUUUGAGAGUUUUUUCCGUACCAAUCAAAAAUGAUUGAAAAUUUAACAGUAGGUUCAUUAUGAAGUUAUUCUUAGUGAAAACAAAUAGUUGAGUAUAAUGUAGUAUUUUUUUUUUUAUACGUGUUUUAAUAUCAAAUUUUGACGAAAAUCGUAAAAUCUACGACAUUCAAAACACGUAUAUUUGAACCUUACUCAAAAUCGUUUUUCUUUAGCAAUGGCUUAUAAUUCCUUAUAGAAAUAAGUUAAAUGACCUUAUCUUAUCUUUCCAACUUCCCACCUAACAGUGGCACACCCGUCUUCAGUAUAGGCUUCUUACAAUAUUCUUAAAAAGGAACAUUUUUUUUUUCUAUAAUGCAUUCCACAUUAAAAUAAAUGUGAAUAUUGGAUGCACUCAGUAUGAAAAUAACGAAUUAUGAAUGGAAAUGCAUUAUUUUAUCCACCUCGGCAAUGUACUCAAUUGCAAGAAAUGCAUUCCUUUUUAAAAGGAAUUUUCCAAACGGUAGAAAAAAUAAUGUCACGCGUAACAUUAAGAUUGUGAAUUCAAAUACCGUUUAUAAGUUAUAAUUAGGAUUCUAAACUUUCAUGAAACUUAUAUUUUUUAAAUAUUCCAUGAAUAUUACCGUGAAAUAUUUUAUUUUAGUGGGAAAUUCGUAAAAUUUGUUUUUAAAUUUGAAACUCUAUUAAAGUAACCACAACGAACAUCUACUUAAGACGUUACAGAACAGCUCGUAACAUUUUAGAUGUUAUUAACACCAAAUUGAAAAUAUUUGCAAUAUAAACAGUGUGUAGUCUUAAUAAAUAUUUUAAUCUAUGCAAAUUGUUGACGUUAUUUAUAUUUGUAUAUUGUAAUUACUGUACAAAGCCAGUUUGAACGUAAAGUAUAAUAUUCUCCAAAUAUUGUAUUAUAAUAUUUUAAAGCGACGUCACAUUUCGUCAAAUUUUAUACUACACAUCAAUUCUGUGUGAAAUUGUGUGGCAGAUCGAUCGGUGACACUGAAAAUUGUCAUCAAAAUCUUCUUUAAAUAUAAUCGUGCAGUUACCACGAGGGUCUUUACAAAUAUAUUGUGAAUUAUUAAUUUUUUUUUUUUGGUCUUCUGAAAAGUUGUAAUAUUUAAUUUAUACCCUUUUUCACGAACGCUAUCAGAUUAAAUAUUGUACCAGUUUCGGAUUCAUGAACCACGGACGGGUGACGACAGAGAAGAUAAUGGAUCAUGAUAAUAAAAAAUUCACCCCGUGUAUAAUAGUAUAGUCAUUGCAUUAUUUUUUAUAUGAGUAAUUUAAUAUAAUAAUAUAAAUGUGAAAAAAUAAUACUACUACCUAAUAAUAAUAAUAAUAUUAUAAAAACUACGAUGUAUCUAAUAAUACGUAAUAAUAUUAUAUUUUAUUUCGAAGAGUGAAAAUGUUUAGGGGGAAAAUAUGAUUGUUUUAUUUCUUUCACUUCUAUAAUAUAAUAAUAUUGCAUUAUUAUGUACCUCUAUACUUAUAUUUUUCGUUACGUCGUUGAUUUUUUUUUUUAUUAAUCGCAAUGAAAUGCACACGUUACAUAUAGAUAUCAUAUUGUUAUUAUUAUUAUAGUAAAGUAGGUCUAACACACACGCACAGUGCGCACACGCACACACGCACACACACACAUACACACACGCACAUGCACACACUGCAACAGUAGACGAGUUUUAGUCGGACGUUUAAGUCGAUAAAAAAACCAUCUUUUACUAGAUUUAGACGUUUAAGACGCGACGACGGCGGCCGCUUCGGAAAAAAAAAAAUAAAUAAAAAUAAUAAAAUAAAUAAAAGUCUUGUCGACUGCUGCCAUGACGGAUUCGAUCGAUAUAAUUAAUAAUAUUAUUAUUUUUAUCGCGAAAGAAGACGGGAUGCAAACUAAAACACAAUAAAGUAUACGGUAGAGUAAAAUACGCGAAAAACAUCGAUAUAAAAUUAUUAUUUUUGUUUUAGUUUCUGAACGCACCGAUAAAUGUAUUGGUUUUACUAUGUGUUUUUUUUCUUUGCGUCUGUAAAUAACUUUUCUACCAUAAAUAUUGUUCCAAUAAUCGACAGUUCAGCAUCUUUUCUAAAAGAAAAUGUUCUCUAGUUGGUGUAAUGUGAAGGUCAUUUUUUUUUUUUUGAUUUUCUUUGUACAUUUUUCUAAUAAUUGAAGGGGAAAAAACCGGGAAAAUGGUUUUUGUUCUGAUUCGUUUGAAAAGAUAACUAACUAUAUUACCGUAGAGACCUGAAAUGUUUACAGAAAUAUUAUAUUAGCCCUUUCUAGAUUUGAUAAAACGUGAAAGGUACUCGUAUUUGAAAGUGUCGAGAUUUUAUUUGGUUUUACGCUAAUCAAAUUAAUUUGGCCAAGCAGUAUUAAUGCUUGAAAUUUUAACACGAAGUUCAUCAUAAAGUUGUACUUGUUGGAAAACGAAAAUAAAAUGAUCAGAUAUUAACGAUUAUUUCCUUAUUGGAAAGAUGAUGUGUUUUGAAUUCAAAUUUUGACGAAAAUCGUUUUUAGUAUAUUUCUUUAUGUCAUUCAUGAAAAGUUUGCAUAUUGUAAGAUACGAUGAAUUGUGAACGAUUCGAAACAUUUUUAUAAUAAUUAAAGAUAUAUGUCUCGAGGAAAAAUUCACUGAUAAGUAGAUUUUUAUUUCUGUUAAGUGAACAAUAAAAAGCUAACUUCUGUUUCGUUUAGAAUCAUAUUUUGAAAAUGAUUUUUGCUACGUUCUAAAUAAACGAGUCUAUUUCAAGACAAUAUCACCAUAAUAUAGAAAAACACUGUCUCACUUUUCGAUAUUUCAAUACUAUACUUAACCUAGUAAAAUUAAUAAUUUCUUUGAUUCAUAAUUUGUUAUUUGAUUUUGUUUCAGGUAAGUUUAAUAUUUUGACAAGUUUACUUUGUAAUACAAAGAACGUUACAAUAGCAUGCGUUUAGUAAGUAUUUUACUAUUGUACAAACAUUUUAAUGCAUAAAAUAUGAUUUUUAAGUACCUUAUACCUAAUCGUUUUUAAAGUAUUAUAAUUUUAUCGUUGGAAUCGCGUUUAAAAUAAAAACUUCGUUACACAGAGUGUCUCUCGAAAGUAUACCCAUUGCCAUACCGAAGAUAAUAAACCC